AUGGCCGCUGAAUUAUCAGAGCAGGAAGAGAAGAUUAUUCAGCAGUUUUUAGAAGAAAUCAACAUUUGUCAGGAAAGUCGCAAGAGAUCGCCAGUAUCAUGGAGUACGGGCUGCAAGUUUCUUAUGGCUCGCAAAUUUGAUCUGAAAAGAGCUAUAGAUUUAUUUUUUUCUCAUGAGUUAACUCGUGAAAAAGAAGAUUUACUUUUGAUUGACGCUUCAGAUCGGUUCCUGCAAAAAGAACUUUCUACAGAAAAAUUUUCUAUAUUGCCUGGCAGAGACAAAAGCUGUGCAGCUGUGGCACUGUUCUCUGCUAGACUUCAUAACCCAUCCCAGACCACUCACCAGGUGGUGCUCAAGUCUCUCAUCUAUCAGCUGGAUGCUGCCUUGGAAAGCAUCGAAACACAGCGUAAUGGACUGGUGUUUAUCUACGACAUGACAGAAUCAAAAUAUGCUAACUUUGAUUAUGACCUCAGCAUUAAAAUAUUAAAUCUCUUAAAGGGUGCAUACCCAGCACGAUUGAAACGAGUUCUGAUAGUCACUGCACCCCUAUGGUUCAAAGCGCCUUUCAAGAUUUUACGACUGUUUGUAAAAGAAAAAUUAAGAGAUAGGGUUUACACAGUCAGCAUUUCUGAAUUGUGCUCAUAUAUACCUAAAGAAACAUUGCCUGUUCAACUGGGAGGUGCUCAAGAGCCUUGCCACAAAGUCUGGCUUCAGUUCUGCUACCAGUGCGCCACCAACCAGCAGCCAGAUCCAGCUGCAUAUUUCAUUUCCUGUUCGGGUGCUGGGCGGCGCUCCAUAUCCCGAAGUAUAUCCACAGACACUGACAAUCACAUUAGUGAUUUUGACUCUGAAAGUUCGAAAGACACUGUAAAUGAGAAACAUACAAAUGAAGACAGAGAGAAGGAGAAAGAAGACCAGGACAGUGUGUUAGAGAAAGAAGACAAUACAUUGUCCGUCAAUGGUAAAGAAAGGGAAGAUGGGUUAGUCAGUAGCAAACGGAAGACUUCUGAAUCUCAUAAACUUAGUUCUGAUUUAUCUGCUGUUAAUGAGCUUGUUGCCAAUGACAUGCCAAGGAAGAAGAGGCCACUGUCAUCUGGUUCCAAUAUACUAGACGACUCUAUUCACAUGCCAGAUGAUUCUGGCACCACCGUAGAAGAGCUUAUAUCAAAAGUCAACGCAUUCAAGAGAAAAGGUCUUUUCUCUGAGUAUGCAUCAAUCAAAAUGGAGCAGCCUACUGGAACUUUCAAUGUUUCUAAGUUGAAAGCAAACCUUUCCAAAAACAGAUACACAGAUGUUUUGUGCUUCGAUCACAGCAGAGUUAUCCUUCAAGCUACAGACGACGACCCCAACUCUGAUUACAUCAAUGCUAAUUAUGUGGAUGGUUACAUGCAGAAAAAUGCAUUCAUCUGCACUCAAGGCCCUCUUCCUAAGACAUUUGUCGACUUUUGGAGGAUGAUUUGGCAGAAUCAGUCUCGUGUUAUUGUCAUGACAACUAGAACCAUUGAAAGGUCAAGAAUGAAGUGCGGUCAGUACUGGCCCAGUGAUGAACAAGCGGAUGAACAGUUUGAGGAGUUUAUUGUUUACAAUAAUGGCAUCAGUGAAAAUCAAGAUUUUACAGAGACCCAGCUGAUGCUUCAUAACACAAAUACAGGAGAAUCUCGUGUGAUCACACAUUUACAGUUCACAAGCUGGCCUGAUUAUGGAGUGCCACCGGCAGCCCCAUUUCUGGACUUCUUGUUCAGGGUCCGGUAUGUCCAGGAAGCGGCAACAAGGGAAAUGGGAGCUGCCUGGACAGGACAUCCUUUGGGACCCCCUAUUGUUGUUCAUUGCAGUGCUGGUAUUGGUCGCACAGGAACAUUUAUUACAGUGGACAUUUGUUUGCGUCGACUGGAGGAUGUUGGCACUGUUGACGUUAAAGAAACUGUCCGGAGAAUCAGGUCCCAGAGAGCAUUUUCAAUACAAAUGCCAGAUCAGUAUGUGUUCUGUCACCAAGCAGUGUUUGAGCAGGCUCAGAGACAGGGUCUUGUCAACAUCAUGGAGCAUAUCUCCCUAGAUGACAACGAUACAGACAGCGACUGA